AUGCCUUCAACAGCCAAGAACUACCAAGGACUUUUGAAGACUGAUGACCAAUAUGGAAUAUCACUUUACAUACGUACUAUACAUCCUAGUGCUGUGCUGCACGGAAUUGCCGAAACUGUCUCUGGUACAGGGAGCGAUCCAGUGCCAGAGGAUAUUGCUUUUCCAGUUGGAUUUGCUUGGGGUGCAGCUACAGUGGCAUAUCAAAUUGAAGAAGGCUGGAAUGCAGAUGGAGAGGGCCCUAAUGUCUGGGACACAUUCACCCAUCAGGGAGGAGAUCAAGUUUUCAAGAACCAGACUGGUGAUGUAGCUUGUGGCAGCUACACUCUGUGGGAGGAAGAUUUGAAAUGUAUCAAACAGCUUGGAUUGACUCAUUAUCGCUUUUCUCUUUCCUGGUCACGUCUGUUACCUGAUGGGACGACAGGUUUCAUCAACCAGAAAGGAGUCAAUUAUUAUAGCAAAAUCAUUACUAACCUGGGAAAUGGCAUCUGCUCACUGUAUCACUUUGGCUUACCUCAGUCCUUAGAAGAUGAAGGUGGCUGGAGAUCUGAAAAGAUCAUUGAGACCUUCGAUAUUCAUUCAAAGCAUUACUUCAGAACAUCUGGAGGCUGAGUGAACACUAUUAAUGAGCCUUAUGUUGUUGCUAUAGGUGGUUGUGAAAAAAGUAUAGCCCGCAUUGGUACCAGAGCUUACAAGGCAGCUUAUAAUGUGAUAAAAGCCCAUGCUAAAGCCUGACACAGUUGUGAUAAGAUAUUUGGAGAAAACAACGUGGACUUAACCUCUGUGAAUUCUGUAGCAGAUCAAAAAGCAACUAAAGGGUACCUGCCCUUUACCUUAGAUGGGUUUGUCAGGACAGUAUUUACUGAUGGUGAAUAUCCAGCCAUCAUGAAGUCCUGGAUUUUUGCAAUGCCUUCAAAGCAGGGUUACUUAUCAUCAAGGCUUCUGGAAUUCACUAAAGAGGAAAAAAUUAUGAUCAUGGGUAUUGCUGACUUCUUUGCCCUGAACUUGUUAUAUCAUCUUUUGAACUCCAGAAAUGAUCUUUCUGAUGCCAGCAGUAAGGCUUUCCUGGCAUGCGUCUACUCCUGGCAAUGGGACAUGUGGUGGCUGCCAGAUACAUAUAAUAACCCUAUAAUUUACAUCACUGUGAAGGGGUUUUCCCAAAGUGACCCUGCUCUACUUGAUGACAGUCAACGAUGGGAGUAUUUCAGGCUGAUUUUACAGGAAAUUUUAAAAGGUUCCAUUUAA